GCGGCCGGGCGGGGCCGCCGCCCCCGCGGCAGGUGCGGGCACAGCAUGGCCCAGGCCGAGCGGCUGCGGAACAAGCUCGUGGAGCGCUGCGAGCGGAUCCAGCUGCAGAGCGCGGCCAUCGCCCGGCACGUGGACGAGGUGCUGCCUGCCAAAGACCAGGGCGUCCAGAGCGCAGCCAGCGCGGCGCGGGAGCUGGUGGUGCAGAGGCUGCUCCUGGUGGGGAAGGCCUGUGAGAACGAGGAGCAGCGGCUGCUGGAGAGGGUGCACACCGAGGAGGAGCGGGCACACCAGAGCAUCCUCACCCAGCAGGUGCACUGGACAGAGGCUCUGCACAAGCUGGGUGCCCUCCGCACCUACCUGGUGGACAUGAUCACCAACCUGGAUGACCAGGGCCUGCUGUGUGCAGAACAAGAGAUCUUUGAGAGGACGGAGGUGGCAGAGGGAAUCUUGGAGCCACAGGAGUCCCUGAAGUUAAACUUUAAUCAGAGCUGUGUUCAGAGUCCACUGCUGCAUCGACUGUGGGCCUGUGCCGUGCUCUGCUGUCUCACAGGCUCACAGGAGAUUCACAUCGAUGAGAAAACCCUGAGCCCCCACCUCAGCCUGUCAGAAGACAAGAGAACCCUGACCUUCAGCCCCAAGAAAGCAAAGGUGGACUCGGGCUGCCCCGAGCGGUUUGACCACUGGCCCAACGCUUUGGCCACUGCACCUUUCCACUCGGGGGUGUGUGCCUGGAAGGUCAGCGUGGAGCAGAGCUGUGCCUACAAGCUGGGGGUUUGCUACAGCUCCGUGCCCAGGAAAGGCUCUGCCAACGAAGGCCGCCUGGGCUUCAACGCUGCCUCCUGGGUGUUCUCACGCUAUGACAAAGAAUUCCGGUUCCUGCAUGCGGGGCAGCCCCAGCCCGUGGAGCUGAUCAAGGCCCCGGCAGAGAUCGGGGUCCUGCUGGACUUUUCAGGGGGGGAGCUGCUCUUCUACGACCCCGACUCCUGCACCAUCCUCUUCUCCCACCACCAGGCCUUCCUGGAGCCUGUGUUCCCUGUGUUUGCCGUGGCACACCAGAGCAUCUCGCUCGGCCGUGUGUGACUGUGUGUGCUCUGCAGUGCCUGGGGGAAGGGAGCCCGGGCAGGGCUGUGGGCUGUGUCCAGGGCCCUUCAGACAACACCUGCCUUCACACUA